AUGCCACCAACCAAAUCUUAUUUUAUUGAAAAACGAAUUACUUGUUCUGCUGCGAGAAGUAUUCUAAACAGUAAAUCGGAUAAAACAUCGUCGUUGUCCAUUGAAAUUCAUAACAAAUUAAAUAAUAAUGUUAAUGAUGAUAGAAGAAAAGAAAUGAAGAAGAAGAAGAAAGUUGUUCCAGCAGAAAAUGUACUCACCUCAGUCGAUCUUAUUGAUGUUCAAUCGCCACCUGAAGAAGCUCGUAGUCCACAUAUUGAUCUUGUACGUCAUACUUUACAAUCUAUUGCGAUUGGCAGCUCAUCACCUCCACCUCAUGCAAUCCCACCAAUUAACGACAAUGUUCUUGAUAAACAUGAUAGCUGUUGUCCUACUACUUGGGAUACAACAAAAUUAGGUGGGGAUAAGUUAUUUAUGGAAGAAAUUUUUUUUGUCAAUGUUUGUAUAAACAUGUUGGACAACUUGGUUUAA